AAGUCUUCCUGAUACCAACGUUGACGUGGAAACCAGGAACUAUCAGUGGAAGAAGCGGUGUGUUGGCAUUUUGAAGAAAUUUAGAGCAAAGUACAAUAAAACAGUUCUGUCAUCCUGUCGCCAGGCGUUUCGUAAUGCAGAUACAGCAGCGCUAAGCGAAUUAUUCUCUGGAGAAACAAGAGCAGAGCUGAGUAAGGAGAAUGGGGAAGAAGGAUGCCAGCGCGACCAAAUUACCAGUUGAUCAGUACCGAAAACAGAUUGAAGAGGAGAACCACUGCUCCCCAAGAGACAUGAUACUCAGUGGUAAGCAGGACUAUAAAAAGACAAAGUCAGCCUUAAAGGCCACACGACUGAAAGCUGAAGCAAAGAAGAAUUCCUCUGGAUUCAGGGAUGCUUUUCUGGUCAUCGCAGCAAUCCUGUUCUUCGUGCUCUGUGUGUACGCCUUCUUCUACCUCAACCUGAGCACCGAGAUUAACCUGGAUGUGGACGUGGAUUAAAAAGAGGUGGACAUUGGCCAGGACAACUUCCUUGUUCCUGCACUUCAUACACAAAGAGGAGGAUGAAGAAUGAAUAUAUACAGUCACAGGGCUGUGUCCUGAUGGUCAUCUACUGUAUAAAGCCCCAAAACACACAGCCUUUUUACACUCGAACUGUCUCUUCAGGACAAAUGUAACAAGGCAUCAAAGAAGUAAAGAUUCAGGUCAUUUUUGAGAUUUGUAUUGUUUUGCAACUUUAGACGUUAAAUGUCUUUUUUUCCUUUCAUUUACAAAUAUGUUUUGGGUAUUUUAUGCCUUUUUAUUAGAGAUUAAACUGAAGAGAUUAUAGGAAAUUAGGGGAGUAAGAUAAGGAUCAACAUGAAACAAAGGUUCCUGGCCAGAUCCAAACCGUGGAUGCUGCAGUUUAUUUUUGGUGCCCUCUCCUCUAAUUUUCUGAUUAUUGAUAUUUUUAUUGUCAUGUAUCGAAAAUUAUACUGACAUUUGUUACACUAUAAAUCAGCAUCCAUACCUGCAUUUUUUUAAACCAAGGUCCGACAGUGGAGCUUUAAUUCUCUUUGCAUGAAAAAGACAGACCUCUUCCUUCAUGGCACUGGUUUAACAUCUGUUGCAAAAUCUACAUUCAGCAAAGAAAAACGAGCCUCUUUUUACACAAGUCUUCCAAAACUACAGUCACGACCGAGCUCUGUUAAUCAUAUUCUGCGGAGUCACGUCCCACUGUUUUCUCCACUAAUAGAAAAAUGUAAAUCUCCAUGCUGAACCUCUCAUCACAUUGAGACAAACACUUGCCUCACAUUCCAGUGCACAAACCUCUCCUCCCCAGAUAUCUGGAGAUCACAAAGUGUGAGAUUAGAAUCCACAAAGCCCUCGUUCUGAUUGAACAUGUGUGCAGAAUACAGAACAACAUAUUCUAACUGCUGCACAUACAUGCAGCACAGAGACAGGCAUCUGCAGGAUUAGCAUUACAAAUAUGAUCCUGUUCUUUCAUUUGGAUGUAAAUUACAGAGAUGAAUGAUGACUGAAUAGAGGUGAGCCUAGAUUUUUCUCAUAAGGAACAUCUCGAUGAUUUCUCUUCUCCUAGUCAAAUGUCUGUAUUGUUGUUCCCUUAAGGAUGACAUGUUUCUAUAGACAGGAAUAUGAAGGUUUAUCAAUGCCUCUUUAUCCCACUGCUUUGCUCUUUGUGCACUAGUCUUACAAGGUACAAGGACUGACCUUCCAUUAACCAUUUCAGUCCAAAUGCUUCCGCUGUUUGAGAGAUUCUUUGUGAGCAAAGCAAAAGCAGAGUCAGAGGCUUUUAUUUAGUCCAUUUGCCUUUUUUUUUUUUUUUUUUUUUUUUUGAAGUUGUGCAUUUUUUCCAUGCGGUUAUCUAAUCGUAUUCAUUUUUUGCUCUCAGUGCAUCUCAGCUACUUUCUACCAAAAGCAAUACAGUCAUCUGUAAAGCAGUUGUUUUGACUCGUUUUUAUAUUAGUGUAAAGCAUAAAAAGCCUAUACCAAAAUUCACAAGAGGUCUUAAGAUUUUCAUUUCUAACAUGUUUUUUUUUUCCAGUCUUUUUUACAAACAAGUCUUAUGUCUGUGGUCUGUCGCUGAUAUGAUUCUUGAAACGUGAGACAGAUUUUGAGCUUUCAGUUUCUGCUUUUUUCCCCUCUUUUCUCCCAUGACCUCCUGACCUCUAGUAAAAGACUGCAUGUCAAAGAAACCAUUAUGAUAAGCGUGCACCCAUACCCGCAACCCAAUGGCUUUUAUCUGGCCUUGGUAUAUCUAGACCCCCCUCUUCCACCACUGUGAGUCAUUCACAUGUGUAACAAUAGAUAGCCUGGCCUAAUAGACCUUCAUAUGUGACACCUCAUCUAAAGGGUCACCAUUACCAAGUACAAGAGCUCUGACAUCAGCACAAUGGAAACAAUCUGACAGCAUGAGCUAUUUAUUCAGGCCCAUGUUUGGCAGAGCUAUUUUUCACAAUAGUGUAAUAGCACUAACCUUUAUACAAUAGUGUAAUGGUUAGUGCUACAUGUUGUGCUAUCAUUGAAUUGAUUUGUAUGGUAUGUAAUCAUUUUUGGGCGCUUUAUCAUUAUGAUACCUGAUACUGUGUGAUAUAUUGUCAUUAUUCUGCAUUUCUUCACUGUAAUUAAACUGCAUUCAAAA